GCUUGAUCCCAGGACCCCGGGAUCAGGACCCGAGCCCCCGGGAUCGGGACCCAAGCUGAAGGCAGACGCUUAACGACUGAGGCACCCAGGCGCCCCAACAUAUCAUUAUUUUCAAUUUGAUCAAGAUAAUCACUUAUCUCUUUGUAUAUUAUAUUGCUUUAUUUGGGAGGAAAUCAAGUGAUUUUUUUUCUGUAAUCCUUGUUAUUUGAGAUGAUAGGGUUUAUUUCUGAUAAAUGAUUAAGGCAUAAGUAAAAAAAAAAGAAGAAAGGAACAAAAGAAGAAGGGAAAGAACAGAAGAGAGAAGUUGGGAGAGUCCCUUUUUCUCUUAGGGAGUAGUUUUGCAUGGUUUUCUCUUAAAAAAUUGGUUCUUGCUAUCUCAAUUUCUGAAGGUUGGUAUCUUCCUUUUUUUUUUUAAAGAUUUUAUUUUUUUUAUUUGAGAGAGAGAGAGCACAAGAGGGGGAACAGCAGAAAGAGAAGGAGAAGCAGGCUCUCCACUGAGUGGAGAGCCUAGUGCGGGGCUCCAUCCCAGGACCCUGGGGUCAUGACCUGAGCCAAAGGCAGGCAUUUCACUGACUGAGCCACCCAGAUACCCGGAUAUCUUCCUAAUAAGAGCAAGAUAUUUAAAAAUGUUUAUUUUGAAGUAAUUGUAGAUUUAUAGGAAAUUACAGAAAGAUGUGUAGAGAGGUCAUAUAUGAGCAAGUUUUUUGUUUGUUUGUUUUUUAGUUGAAUGGUCAAAUCUUAUUAGAAAGGUCAGCCGACUUAAUAGUGGGAUAUGGUUGCUAUUUAUAUUCACAGAAUUCAUAAAGGCCUAUUCUUCUGUUCUUCUGUAGAGGCUUAAUAUUGUUUUUGUUUUGUUUUGUUUUUUGGGCUAUUGUGGUAAGUUUUUUUUGGUUUUUGUUUUGUUUUUUGUUAGGUUCAGGUAGGCAUUGGAAAAUGCUGCCUUGGUUUGGCUUGGUGCUGGGGACAUAGAGUGUAUAAACUAUUAUCAGAGGAGGCCACACCAAUGUGAUUCAAAGAUACUGUAACAUGGUGAAAAGAAUGGUAAAAUUUACAUUAGAAAGCCUGGAUUCUGGACUGCACUCAACUGCAUUAUAACUAUAUGAGCUUUAAAAUUCAGUUUUAUCUUCCUCCUGAGUUGUUUGGAAUACAGGGAAGUAAAGGUGUCUGGAAACUAAAGCCCUGGGCUAUCAUAAUUAUUAUUAAGACUUUUUUCUAGUAACAACAACAAAAAACUCCUUUACUGGUUGUAAUUCCUAGGAUAAAAAUUACUUCUUGUAGACAACAAAGGCAGAGGAAUGUUGACAAAAAGUCUUGUCCAAAAAUUUUGUGCAGAUGCGUACGACAUCUUGAAACCUGGGAGGACAUGGUGCCCAAACUAUUUCAUACAGUAGUGACACCUCCUCGUCAAAUUAGCUUGUUACUUUGGCCUGCAGUAGGCCCAAGGCCUGUAGAUUCUGGUAGGGUAGGUGCCACCUGGGAAAGUAGGGGCCAGCCCAUCUAGGUCUGUGUGACUGUUCUCACAGUACUGUUUGAUAUGAGAGGGUCUUUGCUUUCAAUAUAUAUUUCAGUGAGAUUCUUGCUUCUGUUUUCAAGUAGGAUUUUGAAAAAUCUUUGAAUUGUAAAGAUUGACACAGCCAAGGGGGCAUUAGAGAGAAGAUAAUGAUGAUGAGAUCAUCACCAAACAUUCAUUGAACACUCUGUAAGGUGCUAAAUGCUGUGCUGAGUGCCUUACACUCACUUGUUGAAUCUCCUUGAAUGUGCGAUAACCCCAUGAGGCAGGGGCUGUAGUUACACCUAUUUUACAAAUAAGGAAGCUGAAGAUUCAAAUGGUUAAGUAAACUACCUAGGAUCACGUAAGUUUAAAUGGCAGAAUCACUUGUCAACUCAGGUGUGUCUGGCACCAAAGCCCAUAUCCUUACGCUAUAAUAAGCCCUUUAUUUUACAGAUAAGGAAGUGGAGGUCCUGAGACGUUAAAACCCGUGGUCACUUUUCUUCUUACUCUAGUCUGAGUCUUUUCUGUGUUAUAUCCUCUUAACUAUUUGCUUAUUCCUGUACAUUUUGUCCAUUAUUUCUGGCCUCUUUACAUCUGGCUAAUGUGUCAAGUUGAUACAGAGUUACUAGUUUUGUAAGCACUUAGAAAAAUAAUAUUUAGAUUUAUAACAUUUGUAAUGGAAUCACUUGAUUUGAUUUUUAGUGAAGCCUUUUCUACCAGACUCCUAUAAAGGGGACGCUGUCUCCCAUGUGCUAUUAAAAGUUGAACCUUGUGACUACUGUCUGACUGUGUUUUUCUUUUAGAGAAGUCAGAGGGGGCAGUUGUGACUUCAUGUGAAAAAUAGCCACCAAAGAUCUGUCCAGCAUCAUUUUUAGUUCUUUAAUUUUGAGGCAGAAGAUAUACCAUCAAAUCCUAGAAGGAUUCUACCACUUUCUUCUCCACCCUGAAGAGACUUGGAAAUUAAUGGGUAACGUUUUGCAUGAAAAUUACUGAAUGCUUUUCCUUCUUAUCUCAGAGGCCCUCUGUGGAGAAUUAAUAGGAGGUUGAAUGCACGCAUGGAUAAAAUGGAUCAUCUUAAAGGAUUGAAGUUCCAAAAAUAUAUCAGCAGGACUGGACAGGUUUGACAUAAUGAGAUUUCUAUUUUAGCUUGACUUCUGGAACACUGAAUAAACUAUAAACUGAGCCGCACAGGUCCUGGGAAGAAAGUUUCUCUUCUAAAAUAUUCUAGCAGCGUGUAACAUUUUUCUUGUUCAGAAACCUUUGAAAAUAUAUUUACUUAUCAAUUUUUAGAAAUUUAAAGAAACAGCCACCAGAAAAACGAGCAAUCUCCACACAAGCUCUGGCGGAGAUGGCAGAAGCUUCCGAGGAUGCCUCAGCUCUGCCCGUAACCGUGAAGAAAAAGAAAAGUUUAUCCAUUGAAGAAAAGAUCGACAUCAUAAAUGCGGUAGAAAGUGGCAAGAAAAAGGCAGAAAUUGCAGCUGAAUAUGGAAUAAAGAAAAAUUCGUUGUCUUCUAUUAUGAAGAAUAAAGACAAGGUUCUAGAAGCCUUUGAAUCUCUGAGAUUUGAUCCAAAGAGAAAAAGACUGAGAACUGCUUUUUACACCGAUCUGGAAGAGGCAUUAAUGAGGUGGUAUCGAAUUGCUCAGUGUCUAAAUGUACCAGUUAAUGGUCCGAUGUUGCGUCUAAAAGCUAAUGAUUUUGCCCAGAAACUGGGACAUAAUGAUUUUAAGUGCAGUAAUGGUUGGCUGGAUCGCUUUAAAUCCAGGUAUGGUUUAGUAUUCAGAGCUCAACCUGUAGAAGCUACAGGUGUAUCAGUCGACCCUUCAACGGUCUGGCACCAAAAUGUACUUCCUUAUUAUUUAAAUGAUUAUCAUCCUAAAAAUGUUUUUAAUAUAAAAGAGACGGGGCUGCUUUAUCGAAUGUUGCCUACAAAUACAUUUGCAUUUAAAGGAGAAACAUGCUCAAUUGGAAAGUUAUGCAAAGACAGAAUAACUCUGGUGGUUGGGACGAAUAUGGAUGGCUCAGAGAAACUUCCUUUGCUUAUCAUUGGAAAAAACAGAAAUCCACAUUGUUUCAAAGGUAUAAAAUCAUUGCCUGUGUGUUAUGAAGCUAACAGAAUGGCAUGGAUGACCUCAGAUAUAUUUGAACAAUGGAUGCGGAAGCUUGAUGAGAAAUUUCAAGCCCAGCAACGAAGAGUGGUGAUUUUUGUUGAUUCUUUUCCUUCACAUCCAGAGGUAAAGGACCUAAAGUCCAUUGAGUUAGCGUUCUUUCCAUCAUGUUUAUCUUCCAAAUUUAUAGCUAUGAAACAAGGUGUUAUUAAAAGCCUUAAAAUCAAAUAUCGACAUUGCCUUAUCAAGAAAUUUUUAAGCUCUGUUGAAGGCAGCAAAGAAUUUACAUUUUCCCUACUAGAUGCAGUUGAUACUUUGCACCUUUGUUGGAGGGCUGUAACCCCAGAGACUAUCGUUAAGAGCUAUGAAGAGGCAGGAUUCAAAUCUCAAAAGGGAGAGAGUGACAAGACAAAUGCAGAGACAGACACUGGUCUUGAUUUGGUUGCCUAUGCUCAGGCAGCUGGCGUGGAAUUUCCUGAAGGUUUAUCUAUAGAAGAGUAUGCUUCCCUUGAUGAUGAUUUGGAGACAUGUGAAGCUGCACCAGAAGGUGAUCCAGUAUGCACCGAAGAAAGUAAAUCAGAUGACACUGGAUUUUAUGCUUCCGACGAAGAGGAUGAUGGUGGAUCUCUAGGAACUGAACUCCCUUUACCAUCAAAAAAUGAGGCAAUAACUGCUUUAGAUACUCUUAAAAAUUUUCUUAGAAGUCAAGAUAUGAAUGAUGAGCUUCAUAAUUCUUUAGCAGACCUUGAAAUUUUUAUUAACUCAUCAUCUAAAUAAUUAUUUGUAGUACAACAUCUGAAGUGUAAUAGCUUUUCCUGAUGUGUUUUACUAUAUAAGGUAUAUAAAGGGAAAAUACCACUUAAACAUAAAAACAACAACAACAACAACAAAACCCACUUUGGUUUAAUUGCAUAUGUCUUUGACCUGAAUAGCAGAGUUCCCUAGGUAGAUUAAAUAAUGAGUAAGUAAAUGAAAGAUAUGAAUUUCAAUUUAGCAAGGUUUUGGGGAGUAGAAAAUGUAUUUCAGAGGCCUUGUACUUGAAAUAUAUGAUAUAGAUGUCAAAAAUAAAACUCUCCAGCUAUUUGAUUCAUACAGGUUGAAUUGGUGAUUGCUAUUUUCUUUUUUUUUAAACGCAGAUCAUGUUCUAGAAUAUUUUAUUUUAUCUACCUCAUCUCAGAAAUAAAAUAUCUAUUACUUAGAUAUUUAUUUUUAUAAAGGCAUAUAUUCUAGCCUCGUAUCAAGUAUUAAUUUUAAAUUACUUAAUUUUUCUUGUGACUAGCUUAUCUUGUUGAGAAGAAAUUUUGAAAAAGUGCUGAAAAUAAAAUCUCACCCAAUUAUACACCAAAGUGAUUAAAAAUAGAUGUGUCACUAUUUUCCAGUUAUUUCUGUAGAAGGUCAAAUGAAAGACUAUGACCUUAUCAGAUGCUUUUUGUCAUCCAUAACCAGAAGAUGAUAUGGAUUCUUCCUAAAUAUUUGUAUGCAUAUGUGUGUAAUAGAAAAAUCUAUUACUGAAACAUUUGUGAACUCUUAUAAUAUUUAUAUUUUAAUAAGAUUACUCUUGAAAAGUAUAUAUGAAGAUAUAUAUGCAGCUACUAGAAAAGAAAAUGUUUUAUGUGGUUCUUAGAUAGUUUUCUAAUUUUAACAGCUGAAACUUUUAAUCUAUCAUAUUAUUUUCUUAGUUUUACUGAAUUUUAUUUUCAGGAAAAACUGAGUAUCUUUUCAGCAUAUUUUGAUAUAUUUAAUCUUUUUUUUUCUUUCAAAUUCAAUGGCUAACAUUGAAUUAAAUUUCUGUUUGAGGAAGUUCUGUCUACAGAAUAUUUUAAAAUAUUGUAUGAAAUUAUUUACUCUCCAUCCAUAAAAUAGUCUUUAAAAGUAGAAAAAUAUAACGUGUCAGACUUUUCUCUUGUCAGAUUUUAAAUGCCAUACUUAUUUAACAUAUUACAUAUAAUUUAGGGUACCCUUUGAAAAGUAUUUUGAAAAAGUGUAAAAUGUUAUACAGAUUAUUUUUAUUAUGAAUUAUUAUUAGUCUGCCAACAAAAGACACAUUUGGAAGGAAAUACUUAUAGAAAGUAUUCUGAUUUUCCAUUGUUGAUUUAUUCUACUUUUGAGAUUUAGCAAUAGCAAGCCUUAAAAAUAUACUCAAAUUAAGAAAAUUUCUUGUGGAACAAAAUAUAUAGAUUACUUAAAUUUAAUUGAAAGCCUUUUAAUUAAUGAUUUGAUUUAAAAGUUUAGCAUGGUUGGAAUUGUGGACCUAAAUCAUGCAUCGGAAUCUCUCUGAAGAGCCCGAGCUGUAACUAGGGCACCUGGCAUGCAUUGAGCCUUCAAUAAUUCUUUUCUCUUUGUUUCUCUACUUCAUACCAUAUUGACAUCCAAUAUUUUUAUGUAAUCAUUGCAGAUAUUCUAUGACAUAGGAAUUAUUGCUUCUAUUUUUAUAGAUGAGGAAAUUGAAACCUGAAAAAAUAAUUUGGUUAAAAUCUCAGGCCCCAAACCAAAAUGUGGUAGUUUCCUCUCACCUAGUCCUCUGUUCCUUUAACUAUAUACCACAAUGCUUCUCUUCUAUACUCUAUACAAGAAAAUGCUGGGUUUUUUUCCCCUUGAGUUUAGAGGCCCGAGAGUGAAAUAUUUCAGAGAAUUUGCUGAAUCUAUAUUGAUAGCUCUGUUCCCAAGAUCCCUCCUGAGAACACUCCUGCAACAACUACUCAGACUUUCUGGCUUGGUAAUUCUGUACCACUCUAACACAGCAGUUCCCGUGGAGUUCUAGGGAAAAUAUUUGAAACAACUUUAAUAUGCCCAAAGUGCUGAAAGUACCUACCGGUUUUUCUCUAUAUGACAUGAUUCAUUUUUUAUUUCUGAGGCAUAAUAAAUCUAAAGGGGAUAAAAUUAGACAAGGCUCCUAUAGAGAAUAAGAAAAAGAUGCCUGCAGAUUUAAAUUUAAAGAUAAACUUUUAAGUUGUUAAUGUUGUAUACUCUCUGUGUAGUGUAUAAGCUAUAUAAAUUUAAACAAUUUCAGAACAAAAAUUUUUUAAAUUCACUUUUCUAGACCAGACAAUCACGGCAUACCUCGCUCCUGGUUUAUCUUCUCCACACACAGUUACUACAAAGCUGGGACUAAAUAUCACUUGUCUUUUCAGAAAAGAACUUCACUUAACAAUUCACCUGCUUUUCAGUUAAAUGUGGUAUUAUUUUCAAUGUUCUUGCUUUAUGAAUUUCUACUGUUGCAGCAGUGUUUUCCCCUCUGUCUACUUCAUGAAACAACGAAUCUUAUAUUGAAUUUGGGACAUCGAUUCACUUUACUAAUGAAAGGUUUGGUUCAGGAUAAAGUAGGACAAUGAGUAAGCCAAGACCUGAGAGUGUUAUGUUGCCUGCCUGGCUUCUCAUUUGGACCUAAUGUCAAAUGUAAAACCUCCCAUUAACAGUAUACAGAGCAGAAUAAUUGGAAGGGGGAGAAGAAUAGGGGAGGGAGAGUUGAAGGAGAGCUUCCCAAGCGAACACCUCAGACCUCAAGAGAAGCCCUAUUCAAUCAUGCUCAGUAGGGACUCAGCAGAGACUGGCAGAGAGAGAUUUGUCCCUUAGGGGAGGUAGCACCCCAUAUCUCCCAACAGGUUCAGAGUCCAGUGGUGGGCUGGAUCUUUGGGGGUACCUAGAGCUACCUAGCUAAGUACAGUGAGACAUAAGGCAGCCAAGAAGAUACACCAGUUGCUGAGAAGAAUUCCUACCACCAGAGGAGAGAAAGGCCUAGGUUGGGGGACCAUAGUUUGCACACAGUAAGUUCUCAGAAAAAAAAAUUCAUUCAAUGGAAUAAAUGAAAUCUAGCUCUAGUUCUAUGCUACCUUGCAAAAAAACAUUUCAUUUCUCUAAACCUCAGUUUGUACUACCCAUAAAAUGAGACUGACACUUCAUUUGAAUUUAUUUUGAGGAUGAAAGAAAAUUUUGCAUGCAAAUGCAUUUAGCAAACUCGAAAGUGUUCCCUGACUAUAAAGAAUGACUAGAAAGGCACCUCUGUCCUAAUUUUCCAGCUAUCCCCAGGUAUUAGCCUUAUGGUCACUAAACAUCAAUGACAAUUUUCUCAUUGGCACUCUUCCAUGAAAUAAAAUAGGGAAGUCAACAUUUCUAGGAAUAUGCAAUUUAUGUAUAGAACUAAAACAUUUUCACUUUGGAUGAAGGAAUAAGGUACUUAGAAACCUCCAUUUUUCCUUGUGCAAAGCUUCAGCAAGUAUUGCAGAUAGUCACCUGCUCACCAUAUGCUCAUGUGACCUCUGUGCCAUCGCAGGGAGUGGGGGAGGGGCGGAGAUCUCUGGCAUCUCUUCUUACAAGAGCACUGAUUCCAUCAUGAGGAGCCCAUCUUCAUGAUCUCAUCUAACCUUAAUCACCUCCCCCAAACCCCAUCUCCAAGCAGCAUUACACUUAAGGCUUCCACGUAUGAAUUUGGGGAGUGACAAACAUUCAAUCCAUAACAACUACCUACUACCAAUAAAGAUAUUCACAUAUGGGGCGCCUGGGUGGGUCAGUCAGUUAAGCAUCUGACUCUUGAUUUUGGCUCAGGUCAUGAUCUCAGCAUCAUGAGAUCCAGCCCCACAUCCAGCUCUGCGAGCAGUGUGGAUUCUGCUUAAGAUUCUCUCCCUCUGCCCCUCUCCCUGCUCAUGCUGUCACGUAUGCGUGCGCUCUCUCUCAAAAAAAAAAAAGUAUUCAUAUUAAUCAGUUUGUGACUUGCUGUAUCAGUUUCCAACUUGCUAUAAACUAAAAGGGUAUGUAUAUUUCAGAACUUGUUACUCAGCUAUAGCUAUUAGCAAGGUGCUCCAAGUUCAUAAAACUUUAAGAAGACAUGACAUUUUUCAUGGCCUUGAAUAAAUGGAAAGACUCAAUAUUGAAAUAUAUGUUCAUUUGUUCCAAGUUAAUCCCGAUAAAAAUCCUAAUGCAGGUUUGUUGAAAAUUUUGCAAAAUAAUUCAAAUUUUUGUAAGAAUAAAUACGCAUCAGUAUCUCAGAAAUUUUUGAAAAAUAAAAAUCGGGAGUAUUUGACCUAUACUACAAUUUUAAACAAUAUGGUGUGGGCAAGAGAGUUAAUAGGUCAAUCAAAAGAAUAAUAUGUGAUGUCUAGAAAAAGAAAAAGAAUACGUGUAUGAUAAAAAUGGUUUCAAUAGGGGCGCCUGGGUGGCGCAGUCGUUAAGCAUCUGCCUUCGGCUCAGGGCAUGAUCCCAGCGUUCUGGGAUCGAGCCCCACAUCAGGCUCCUC